AUGUUACGGUGGUGGAGCAAUAUUUUGGAGUUUGACAAUGCGAAUAGCGAAAAGGAACACAAUGCUAACCCUCCAAAGCUGAAAAGGCGAAAGACAUCUGCAUCAUCUUCUGGAUACAGUACUGGUAUGAAUGGUACUGGCCGUACUGCGCUAACUCGUGUGCUGAGGUCACAAAAACGAGUGCAGGAAAAGGUCACUCCUACUUCCACACACGGCCAUCCUUGUACAAUAUUAUCAUGGCUGAUUGACAAUAAAGUGGUUGUGUCAAGGGCGAGAGUAAAAUAUAUUGCAAAGGGCAGUUGCCCAAUUAAACAAGGGGAAGUAAGUCGAGAGGGGAUCAUAUGCGACUGUUGCAAGAAGGUGUUUAGUCUUAGUGACUUUGAAAGUCAUGCAGGCUGCAGUGAGACUCAUGGUGGCUGCAGUUCCCACAGACCUGCUGCCAAUAUUAUUCUGGAAAAUGGAAAGAUGUUCCAGUUGGUGACUGGUUCUGUCCAGCUUGAUGUUGUGGAUUCUGUGGCCAAACCAUACUCAAGAAGGACAGAAAAUCUACUAUGCAUCAUCGUACCUGUGGUCAAUGCGAGCAUGAUUAUAUUCUCUGGCCUCCAUGAGUGUUUAGGGAAACAAAUUCCAGCAGGUCAUGGCAAUCUAACCUGGUCACUGUUGAAGUCUGAUAGUAACAACACUAAUGACCCUAAUAAUGCUGCCAUCACGGAGACUUACAGCAAGCUCAAUCUUGCUCUUCUUGUGAUUCAUGAGUGCUUUAAGCCUUUUAAGCAACCUUAUUGUGAUACAGAUCUUGCGGAAGAUAUGAUAUUCAGUAGAGGGUCAGAUGUUAAUCAGAUGAACUUUCAAGGGUUUUAUACAAUGCUUUUGGAGAGAAAUGAUGAACUAAUAACUGUAGCUACUGUAAGGAUCCGUGGAGCGCAGGUGGCAGAAAUACCACUUAUUGGUACCAGAUUCCAAUAUCAGCGACGUGGAAUGUGUCGUUUAUUAAUAUCUAUGCUUGAAAAGAUGCUAAUGGACUUAGGCGUGGAGAGAUUGAUCUUGCCCACUGUCUCCAGUUUACUAGACAAUUGGUCAUCAUUUGGAUUUACAAAGAUGACGGAUUCUCAGAGGCUACAGGUUCUAGAUUAUACAUUCAUGGAGUUUCAGGGUACCAUUAUAUGUCAGAAAAGUUUGAUGAAGAUCCCUCAAGCUGAACCUUGCCCAUCAAAAGGGGCUCCACUGGAUGUUGAUAAUGCUGAAUCUUUAGCGUCAAGUGAUGAUAAUGUCUCAUUCACAUGGAAAAUUGACAAUUUCUCUGCUUUGCUGUGUACCAAGAAGUACCCUGAUACUCUCCUCACUGGUCAACUUAGAUGGCGGAUUCUCUUGUAUCCAAAGGGGAGGGGCACUGUAGAUGACUUGUCAGUGUCUUUUGGUGUUGAAGGUGGCUCCGAAUUGUCACUUGGGUGGUCUAGAUAUGCGCAACUCAGCAUGACCAUGGUUAAUCAACUCCAGGGCAGCAAGUCAAUAACAAAAGAAACUAGACAUCUUCUCAAUAAAAUGGGGAGUGACUUUGGAUUCUUAUCCUUAAUGUCACUAAAUGAGUUACAUGACCUUAGUAAAGGGUAUGUUGUGAAUGAUACAUGUAUCAUCCAAGGAAAUAUUACAGUCCACAAGGCUAGAAUUCAGGUGUCACAUGUCCAGCAAACUGGUGCGGAGUCUGUAAAAGGUCCACGUUCUUCUUCCGCAGCGUGCAGGGACACUUGCUUAAAAAAUGUGACUGCUUUCCAGGAUGCCAAAACUUCUGAACAAGUUUGCAUUGAGCUGUCUGAUACCGAUUCUGAGCCUACUUUGGAAAUGGAGAAGAAGGAAGUUCCUGAUAUUUCUUCAACUACACGGAAUGCCACUAGCUUUCAAAAUGUGCCUGCCUCCCAGGGCUCAGCAAGUUCAGCAGAAAUUAUUGAGCUUUCUGAUUCCAGCACUGACCAUUCCCUCGAGGAGGAAUUAAACUGUGUGUCCUCCGCAUCACCUUCUGAUCUCAUGAACUUCAGGGGCUUGGCGAAAAUAAAGAAAGAGUAUGUUCCCCUACUCGAGGAAGUUUGUUCAUGGCAUCCUUCUCUUAUUGAAUGCCAAAAGCAGAGAAGUCCCGAUUAUACUAAAUGGGCAUUCACUGCCUUGGGAAAAGUUCUGCAUUUUUUGAAGAUUAAAAAGGUCAAGGAUAUGACGACAUCUGUGUGUGAAGAACUAGAAGGAUUAUACACAGAGAUGAAGGCCUUCAAAUUUGACUUGACUUGGCUGGAGCCUCAUGUUGAAACAGCUCUUGACAUGAACAAGUAUGUGGAAAGGGCAGCAGAGGUAAAGACACUAAGAGAGAAUGUGAAGGAUUUGGAGAUUGAAUCAAAGAGGCUAGAGGCUGAGCUCGUGGCAGUAAGAAAUGAUCUGGAAAAGGCUGGACAAGGCUUCGAAGGGAUGACCAUGAGGAAGAAUCACAGAGUGAAGCAUCUUGCAUACAAAGAGAUGACCAAAAGUCAUGUUAGCAUGUCAUCGUUGAGCAAUUCGGUGGAGUUCGGCAAUGAGAAUGGUGAAAAGGAAGACAGUGCUUCCACUUUGAAGGUGAAAAGGCGAAAGCUAUCUGCAUCUUCAUCUGGUUAUAGAACUGAUCAUGAUGGUACUCAUCGAACUCCUGUUCUGAGGUCAAGAAAUCGAGUGCAGGAUGGUGAAAAGGAAGUCAAUGCUGCCCCUUUGAAGGUGAAAAGGCGAAAGCUAUCUGCAUCUUCAUCUGGUUAUCGAACUGAUCGUGAUGUCUUAUCUUGGCUAAUUGACAACAAUAUGGUCUUGCCAAAGAAGAAAGUGUAUUAUCGUAGCGCAAAGGGGAGUCCUACUUUGGCUGAAGGGAAUAUAUGUAGAGAGGGGAUUAAAUGCAACUGUUGCCAGAAGGUUCUUACACUUGGUACCUUUCAAAGUCAUGCUGGCUGCAGUAACUACAGACCUGCAGCCAAUAUUUUUCUGGAAGAUGGAAAGUCCCUCCUAGAGUGCCAGAUGCAAAUUAUGACUGAAAAAGAGAAAAGGAGUUCCAGACCAGAACCAGAUGAUGUGAUGAAAGAUCACACCAGCUGCUGGAUGGAAAGGACUCAAAGAAGCAUAGAUUAUGUAGAGACUGGUUCAAAAGAAAAUUGGUUCUGCAGCAACCACUGUCAAAAGAUAUUUUUAAGCCUCCAUGAGCGUUUAGGGAAACAAAUUUCAGUGGGUGUUGACAAUCUAACUUGGUCACUAUGGAAGUCCGUGAAAUCUGAUAGUGAUUUUCCUAACGAACCUGAUAAUGAUGCUGCAACGGAGAGCUAUACCAAGCUCAGUCUUGCCCUUCAAGUGAUGCAGGAGUGUUUUAAGCAACCUAACACCGGGAGACAUCUUGCAGAAGAUAUCAUCUUCAAUGAAGGGUCAAAUCCUGAUGGCAUGAACUUUAAGGGGUUUUACACUAUGCUUUUGGAGAAAAAUGACGAAUUAAUAACUGUAGCUACUGUAAGGAUCUAUGGAGCGAAGGUGGCUGAAGUACCUCUUAUUGGUACCAUAUCGCAGCACCGUAACAAGAGAAUGUGUCGUCUGUUGAUGCAUUUACUUGAAAAGAUGCUUAUGGAGUUAGGUGUGGAAAGAUUGGUUUUGCCCGUUGUCUGCACGUCAAUCGAAAAAUGGAAUAAUGCAUUUGGAUUUUCAGAUAUUAAAGGUCCUGAUAUGCUACAGUUUCUGGGUUAUAGAUUCGUGCAUUUCGAGGAUACCAGUAUGUGUCAGAAAUGCUUAGCAAGGACAUCUUUAGCUGAACCACGCCCAUCAGAAGGAAAUUCGCAUGAUGUUGGCGGAAGUGCUCAUGAUAUUGAUUUUAACGGGUCAAGUGUUGAUAAAGUUUCAUUCACAUGGAAAAUUUGCAAUUUUUUGAGCCGUGGGAAGGAAUACUCUGAGACUUUCCUCACUGAUGAUUUGAGAUGGCGGAUGCUUAUGUAUCCCAUGGGAAACACUGUUGACAACUUGUCAGUGUAUUUGGAUGUUCGAGGUGCCUCAGAAUUGCCACUUGGGUGGUCUAGAUGUGUGCAAUUCAGCUUGACUGUGGUUAAUCAACUUCAACACAGCUUGUCAAUAACAAGGGAAACUAAACAUGUAUUCAGUAAUGAAGUUCGUAACUGUGGCUUCACAUCACUGAUUUCUCUAGAUGAGUUACAUGACCACAGUAAAGGGUUUCUUUUGAAUGAUACAUGUAUCAUUAAAGCCAAUGUUGCACUCUGCCUGCCUCAAAAUAGGAUAUCACAAGACCAAGUAACUGGUAGCGCUAUAAGGAGACCUGUGGAGGGGCAUAUGGAGCAAGGGCCUCCUUUAGAUCCUUCUUCAGCAGCGCGCACUACCACGGGUUUUGAACAUGCAACUUCCUUUCGGGACACGGCAAGUUCUGAACAACCUUGCACCGAUGCUUCUUAUAGAAGGAUCUACCCCUUUUUCAAAUUGGAGCCUCUGGAAGUUCCAGAUGUUUCUUCAGCAGCGUGGGAGGCAACCAACUUUGGACACAUGACCCCCCCUCAGGACACAGCAAGUUUUGAACAUGUUUAUAUUGAACUCUCUGAUACCACUACUGACCCUUCAGCUUCUUUGAUUGAGGAAUUUGACGUUAUGUCCUCCACAUCAGCUUCUGAACUCAUGAAGUUCAGGGGCUUGGAGGAAAUAAAGAAAGAUUUUGUUCCCCUGCUGAAGGAAGUGUGUUCCUGGCAUCCAUCUUUGAUUGAAUGCCAAAAGGACAGUACUCCUGAGUAUACUAAAUGGGCAUUCAUUGCCUUGGGAAAAGUUCUGCAUUUUUUGAAGACUAAAAAAGUCAAGGAUAUGACAAAAUCUGUCUGUGAAGAACUAGAUCGUAUAUACACGGAGCUGAAGUCCUUCAAAUUUGACUUGACUUGGCUGGAGCCUCGUGUUAAAACAGCUCUGGAUAUGAGCAAGCAUGUAGAAAGGGCAGCAGAGGUAAAGAGUCUAAAAGAGAAUGUGAAUGCUUUGGAGAUUGAAUCAAAGAGGCUAGAGGAUAAGCUUGUGGCAGCAAGAAAUGAUCUGAAAGAGGCCGAAGAAUCCUUCAAUGAGAGAAUUAUGGAUUCCGAGUUAGGUUAUUGUCGUUUCCAUGGAAGAUAA